UCUUUUUAACUUUUAGAGCAACCCUAUUCUUCAAUAGUCUCUCAUUAUCUACCACUCGUAGCUAAUCAUAGCCUCGCUAAUCCAGCUACUCAUUUCAGCCUUGUUUACAUCACCUCGGAGGUUUUGAGCUCCGUUUUCCGGAAUCUUGUUUAACCUAUUUUGGUGCCUGGCAAUUUCAAACUCACAACAUCUGGAAGUUUCCGGUCAGCAGGGCCCAAACUAUUUCAAUAUUAAUCUAUUUCAGCUGACGACGUGUUUGUGAUAACAGUUGCUCGUACUCCAUCUUUGAGACUUGGUUUCUAGACACACUUCACUCGGACGAAACACUCAAUUAACCACUUAUCAAAUCACUACGAUUGUGCGAACUUGAACAGAUCUCCGAGAUUCUAAUUUGACUUCUUCGCGCCGUGAAUCCAAUGCAUGCCAUACGGCAGAAAUGCCGUCCCAAGCAUCAGGUUCUCAUACUAAAAUGCUACCCCAAAACGGCAAAAGGGGCAGUUGAUGUGAAGCCGAAUUCGAGUGAACUGAGCUAUCUUUUGUUCUAUGCAACGACGCGAAGGAGUAAGGUGCAGAAGGUUGGGGAGUUCCUGGAGAAGAAGACUGCAAGUGAUGUUUGGAGAGCUAAAAUAGGGUUCGUUGAUGAAUUAAAUGUUAUGCUGUGAAACAUGCUGAUUGGAGACAGAGAUGUCCAGGUUACCCUCCAAAUACUGUCAGCUUUGAUCGAAAAAGCCCCCCGAGACUUACCUCUUUAUGCACCUUAUGUUCUGAAAAUCUUCAAUAUCAUACUUCGUGCGCGAGAUGUUACCAUGGUGGAGUCCUCAAUACCUACUUUCCAGGUCUUUUGUGAAAAUCAUGAUAUGGCAAGUCUUUCCGCGGACCAAGAAUACCUACAUCAGUACGAGGAGAUUGUGCAAAUCUACGCGUCGUUCGCUUCUACGAGGGCACAAACAAGUAGUAACGCUCAAAGUGCACCAGUCGCCAAAAAAUGGAGGAGCCUUGGGUUACAAGCAGUCAAGAGCGUGGCAUCUUCUGAAGCUUUAGCUACAGUGGCAGGGAGACAGUUGGACGUGAUUGUACCGAUACUACUGGAGAAUAUUUGGGCAGACAAUGCUGACUCCAUUGACGUGCUACAACAACGAGCUGAAAUGGGAGAGCAUAUGGGGACGGAAAAAUCAUUGUCGAAGAGAAGGGCAAGCAACGCAACGGCAGGAACGUCUGACACUGCAGGGGAGAAUGCUACCGCUUUAUCCGGAACCACUGCUGAUGCGGAUAAAUUGGCAGAGGAGAACAUUGGUGUUUUGGCUACCCAAUGUUUGAAACAGAUAUUUGUUGUCAAUAACCGAGCUCAAAUUCAUGGAGCUGCAGCUGCAGUUUUGAAGUUUGUUGCGGAUCGAGUUGCUCAACGAGAAUCUGUUAUUGAGCCUGGUCCGAACGAGAAUUGCAAGGGAUGGGCACCUCGUAUCUUCGAAAUGAUUGCCAGAUGGACCCCUGUCCAGGACCGAUAUGUCAUUUUGGUGACGGCCAUGGAUAGCUUGGUACGAGCUGACCAAGUUGAGGCAACUCUCAUGCAACAGCUUGUCCUUGCAACAAUGGUAGACUCCUUACUGAAAUCCGAUAUUAAUUUGAUAGGAUUAAGUGUAAUGGAUGUCUUGCUGGGAUUGAUACAGCACAUAUUGAUAAUUCUCCAACUUGGAAACGUUGGUGGACCUCAUCUUCAGCCAGAUAAUGGAGCAGAUGAAAAGAACGAUGUCGGUAAUUUGAAUGCCCCAAUCGCCUCUGAAAGUGCCUUAGUUCCAACAGACACUAGAAGAGACCUUUUGGCUCGGCUGCAGCAUUGUCUAGGAGAUUUGGCCACUCACGUUUACUAUGCCGAUCAAAUAUCAGACAUGGUUUCUGCAAUCCUGUCACGCUUGAAGCCUUCGCCAUUAUCACCUGUUCCAAGCACUGCUGCAGCUAUUGAGGACCCCAAAUCUGCAACAGAGGCUCUCUUAUCUGGCACUAAUAUGACCGAGGACCCAAAUACUGAUGGAUUUUUCUCGUUUGCUACCGCCAAGAUCACGGCGCUUCAAUCCAUAAAGUCAAUCUUACUUAUAGCAAGCCACAAAACGAUGACUGCGGGGAAUUUGGGAAGAAACAAAGUUCCAGUCAAGACUUGGGAGGGCACGCAAUGGUUGUUGCGUGACGUGGACGGGCGCGUAAGGAAAGCGUACGCUGAUGCUCUAUUGACAUGGCUUGAUAGAGAAGUCACCAAGGCUGAUCAACAAGUUUUCGAUGAGAAGUCGAAGGGAAUGACAAAGAGUGCACGUGACGAAUCAUCUACAGACCUCACGAAGAGGGCAGUGUCAAAUGCGUCAAAAACAGAGAAACCUUAUAGAUCAUCACGGACAACAUUUCUACAGCUUCUGCAUCUUGCCAUUUACGAAAAUGUUUUGCAAUACGUCGAUAACGAGAAUGACAUAGUCCUGCUACAUCUUCUUCUCACAAAUCUUGUCAAGAGUUUGGGAGUGAACGCAGUCAGAAGUGGGUUGCCAAUGAUGUUCCGAUUACAAGAGGACAUACAGUCAUUUGAGCUACCAAUUCACAAAGUCCGUGUUGGAAGUUUAUGUCAUGGGUAUUUCUGGACGUUGUGCGAAAAAUUCGAAAUCGAAAUGUCACCUGUCGGCAAAACAAUUCAAGAUGAGAUUCGUCAACGCCAAAAAGCCAUGUUUUGGCCUGAUAGCAUUCGAUUCCCUCCCAUUCAGCUUCAUGAUAUUGGUACGCCAGGUAGUACUACACCCCAACAAAGACAAGCUCCCAAUUAUGCUGGAGCAGAUGCCUUAUCAACAUUCGAUGAUCGCUUCCAAAUGGUCAAACUCAUCUCGUUGUCGUAUGCGGCAUCUCUAAACUCUCCUCCAAGUAGCCCUCCAACUUCUCCAGGUCGAAGCUUUACCCAUCCGAUACUAAGUGUAGAUAUCCCUUCCUCCACGCGAGAUACCAUCAUACCGGAAAGAAUUAAGGAAGAGAUGAUGGCAGAAUGGAACAAGGAGUCAGUGAUUGCCGUUGCGCAGGAAAUUAGCAAGACUGUCUCAAUCAGCGGAUCACGCGCAGGCACGAUGACCACUGGCCAUCGCAAUUUCCUUACCAUUAAUGGGCUGAAUAAUGGUAGCAACAGCGGAACAGCAUCGCCUAUCGGCGGUCAGAACUACAAAAGUGGACCAAAUUCUUCUUACGGAACAGCCGGUGGCAUUGGCGCAAUGCAGAAAGUACGAAAAGGUAGCGGAAAUUCGAAUGCUCCUGCUAGUGAAUCAAGCCGUGGAUCGGUAAUGAGGGUUGAUCAAUUGAAGCGAGUUCUCUCUGGUCAGACAGCAACUGCACCAGGUACUAGGGCAGGCGCACCGCAGAGUGAUGCGAGUAGUGAGAGCAUGGUUAGUUAUGACUUCUCAGCUUCAGAUAUAUCUAUCAACACAUACAAUCAGCAGAAUGCAUCCGGUGUAGAACGAUCAGCUUCUAUGCGUUCAGCCGGCCGAUCGAGAUCGAAGUCACGAGACAGAGUUCCAAGUUAUAUGGAUCGACCUUUUUCUGCCAACCCCACAGAUGUAGCACAGGAUGGUUCUACGGUACCCCCUGUUCCACCACUUCCAUCUUCGCUUGUGGGUGAAAACGUCUCCAUUCACGAUCAAGCGCAAAAUCAUUCUCCAGAAACCGGUCGAGGUACGAAAAGAAAUACAAAGAGUAGAGCAGGUGGAUAUCAAAGUAUGCCAUGGGACGAGGAAAAUGGAAAGGUGGUAGAUCUUCAGGACUUGCUUAGUGGUAUUGAAAUUGGUGGGGAUGAAAAGGGGAAUGCUGGUAUGCCUCCCUAUUGAGGCAUCAAGGGUUUCUGGAGACACAAAGCGUUUAUUAUGUUGAGAAAAGAUAAUACGGUUGCAUAUAAUUCGUGGUACAGAUCUGUAUUACUAUACCAUUUUGUGAGCUUGGCGUUUUUGAUAAAGACUUGUGGGAUAUCUACUGCUUUGUUAAGCCAUGAGGUUUAGGCUUGGUGAUCUUGCGAAUACUCGCUGCAGGUACAUAAUAUUUGAGAGAGAAAAAAUAAAGAUAGAGCUUUGUACACUAGCUAGACGUCCCAUGGGGCGUCUCGGAUGAUCAGAACCAUAGUCUGAUAUAUAAUGAGAGGUUUUAAUUCUU